CACCCGGAGUCGAAUCCACCAGCCGAGUGAAUCGCAGGCGGGCGCAUCGAAACAUGCGGCCACGACAGCUGCGCGCCGCUUGCCCCCGAUCAUGGCCCUCCGAGGGAGAGACAUAGCACUUGCCGGCGUCGCGUGCUUCAUCGCCUGGGGAUACGCCGUCAAUUGGUUCCCCGCUCUGCGCUGGGCCGGCCACGCCUUUGUGGGCGGUGUGCUGCUCGCCGUCGCUGGCCUGCUCGCCCUCGUGCUUCUCACCUCUCGCGGCCCACGACAUCGCCAGCUUCGGCAAUCACACCGCCCCAGGGCAGCCGCUUUUCUGGCCCCCGACGCGUGGAAGACCGAAGUCGCCGCCCUGCGACGCCGCCAGGCCUACACCAAGACGCCGCUCUGCCCCGAGUAUCCGAAGCUGUCGGCCGCCCUCGACGAGGUCCUCGAGUGCAUCAUCCGCGACUUCAUCCGGUCCUGGUACUCGCACAUCAGCAAAAACCCCGUGUUUACCGACGAGGUCGACAAGGCGAUACGAUGUGCCCUGCUCCGGGUUCGCGACCGGCUGCAGCGGCUGGACCUCGCAGAGGUGCUGACCACCCGCUUCGUCCCCAUCUUGACGGCCCACUUCCGCGACUUCUACGAUGCCGAGCGGUCGGUCAGGGGGCGUAAGCUGAACCGGUCCGUCACCGAGACGGAGGAGCUGGACCUGGCCAUUGCUUCCAAGUACAGGGAGGGGAAGCUACAUCCGGCGGCGAGCCUGGCCUUCUCCGAUACAAAGACGAUCCAGCAGGACUACUUGCGACAGACAAUGUCGAAAAUCCUACCCGUCGUGCUGCCGGAAAACAUGCUUGCUUCGAGAGCGGUGUCGAUACUCAUCCGAGAGAUCACCUCGUGCGCCGUCAUGUUCCCAGUGAUGCAGAUGCUGUCCGACCCGGACACGUGGAAUCAGCUGAUGGAGAACUAUGGGCGGGCCACGCUCCAGGACCGCUCCACCGUCCGGAGACUCCGCGCCGCCCUGGACGAGCACGCCUCUCCGGCCCCGAAGGCCGGCAAGCCCGUGGCCUUCCCUCGCCUGAUGCCGGGAGACAGCGAGCGGAGAUUCGAAAAGUUCAUCAGGGUCAUCAGGAAGGUCAAUAACCUCUCGGACGCGCGGCGUUUCCGUAGCGAAGUUGCCAGCCAGCUCAAGAGAGACUCGCAGCAGGAGAACGCGGACCAUGUGUACCUGCGCCGGUUGGAGCUCGGCAAGAGGAUGCUGGAUCAGAGAGUGCAGCAUCUGGCCGCCGGAGGCGGGCGCCGACCUCCUCUCCAGCAACCCGCAGAGCUCGCCGUGCCGAGCGAGUCUCGGCUGCAGAAUGCGCCGCUGGUCGAAGUGCUACGGGACCCCUCGACGCUCUCCUACUUCAUGGAAUACAUGGACCGGCAGCGGCUGAUGCCCUUGGUGCAAUUCUGGCUCGUCGUGGAUGGCUUCCGCAACCCUCUCGAAGACGACGGGCCCGAAGGAGAGGAGUUGCCGCUACAGCUACCCCCGUGGACGGAAUCAGACAGGCUCGACCUCGCCCAGAUCGAUGCCGCUUACUUGAGUAGGCCGGAGCUGAACGUCCCUGCUUCCUCGAAACUGGUCAUUCAAGAGUUCCUCAGGGCCGGCAAACGGGCCACACCCGAGCAGUACUACAGGGCGCGCAGGGCCAUCUUGCGAGCACAGAGCGCAGUGCUGGAGGAGAUGCGCGCCAAGCAUUUCCAGAACUUCAAGCAGUCCGAUCUGUUCUUCAAGGCAUUGGCCGCAGAAGAGGCUUCCAAGCGCACGACCCUGGCGAACGCGAGACCAAGAUCGGGCUCCUCCCUUCCGCGAUCGACCACGUAUGGCCCCUCCUCCAGGCCGACGCCUGUGGCUCGCCUAGGCUCGAGAUUACAGGCGGGGCCCAACAACAGACGGGCCGGAUCGACGUCGGAUCUCAAGGCCUUGAAUACUAACGGCGGAAAUGACUUUGAUCCGCGGCGACCAGCAGGCGAGCCUCAUUCCCCGCCUCCUCUACCUGACGCCGACGAGGAGGUGGGCGACGACACGCUGGCCGAUUCCAUGGCGAGCCUCGACCAGGACGUGAGCGCCGCGCAGCCGAUGCUCGACACAAAGGUCGUCCAAGCCAUGGAGCAGGCCCUGAAUCAUAUCCUCGAGGAGAGCAAGCCGUCAACGGCCGAGGAUCUCAGGGCGUCGCUGUUCGGAGACGACGACGCCGGAAGUAGCAUCUUCUCCCCGCUGAGCGACGCGCCUAAGCAGAGGGCAUCGCCCGCCCCGGCGUCAAGAUCAAACAGAGGCUCGGUAGACUUGACGAGAUCCAGCCGUUCUUCGCUCGAUGUUCCUCGGCCUGCCGAGCAACCCAGAUCGAGCCGAGGGUCUUUUGACGCCCGUCGCUCCGGCGAGCUUCCUCGGUCUGGUAGAGCCUCGCUGGACGCUGAGCGACCGGCGAAGGGCCAGGAGAAACCCAGCUUGGCUUCGCUGGGCUUGGUAAGCGCAGCUUCGCGGAUUGGCGUCUUUGAAGACGAUGACCUCUUCGAAGACGAGAACAGGUACCUCUCGGACGAGCCUUCUGAUCUGGAUGACGACGCGGACGCCGACGACGCCGAUGCCGUGCACGAGGCUGCUCCGGGCGAUCUUGGCCUCGCGGAAGCCAUCACGGCGCUGACUAACGACAUCGACAAGCUGAUCGCCCAAGAAGCAGUGGUGGACUCUCUGCUGAAAAAGGCCGAGCUGACGAACAACACGGCCGAGCUGAGGGUCCUGCGCAAGUCAAAGGCGAGCUUGCAAAGAGAGAUCCGGCGCAAGGAGCUACAGAGGCAGCAGUACGUCAUACAAGAGAGCGACAACAGCCUCUACGGGCGAUCCACCAUCAAGAUCAAGUCCAUCCAGCUCGGCCGCGAGGACGACGGCAAGGAAGUCGCCUUCUACGUGAUCGAAGUCUCGCGCAACGCCGGCGAGAGGAUGCCCGCCGCGACUUGGGUCGUCACACGUCGCUACAGCGAGUUCCUCGAGCUGCACCAGAAACUGCGCUCGCGGUAUCCAUCCGUCCGCAACCUCGACUUCCCCCGCCGUCGCGUCGUCAUGAAGCUACAGAACGAGUUCCUCCAGAAGCGCCGCGUCGCGCUCGAGAAGUACCUCAGCGAGCUGCUCCUGCUUCCCGAAGUCUGUCGGAGCCGCGAACUACGCGCCUUCCUCUCGCAGAGCGUCAUUCACCCCGCCCAGGGCGGCGCCUCCGACCAGAACGACGCGGCCAACAGCAGCAGCAGCAGCAAGAAGGACAUGAUCACGCGCAUCUACGACUCGGUCGCCGACGGCAUGGAGGACAUCCUCGGAAGCAUCCCCGUCCUGGACCAGCUCUCCCUGGCCGGGCAGAGCCUGAUCGCCGCCGCCGCCGGCCAGCUCGGCAACGUCCCGCUGGCCGCGCUUGCCGAGGGGGACGCCGCCGCCGCGUCGGCGGAGGGCGGCGUCAUGAUGAACGCGGCCGAGGCCGAGGCGGAGCUGAACGCGUUCGAGGAGAGCAAGGGCCAGGGGGAGGCGGAGCCGUUCGUCAAGCCCAUCUGCGACAUCUUCCUCGAGAUCUUCGAGCUCAACCGGGGCAACAACUGGCUGCGCGGCCGCGCCGUCGUCGUCGUGCUGCACCAGCUGCUGGGGGGCACCAUCGAGCGCAAGCUGCGCGAGAACGUGCGGCUGCUGCUGGUCCGCGAGGACGCGCUGCUGAGGUACGUCGGCCUGCUGAGGGACGCGCUCUGGCCCGGGGGGGGGCCCAACGACGACGGGUCGGCGAGGACAAACAAGGCGCCCAGGACCAGGACCGAGGCGGAGAAGGCGAGGACGCGGAGCGAGGCCGGCUUGAUGCUGGCCACCCUGGUGCCGGACCUCGUGGGGAGCGUGGUCGGCCGGGUGAACGCGCAGGCCGCGAGUCGGCGGGUGUUUGCGGCUUUCAACAACGCAAGAUUAAAUGCCCACCUUGCGUUUACGCUGUUGGACGAGAUUGUCGAUGUCUUGUUUGGGGAAUGAAUUACGACUUGCAUUGCCAUGGCGUUGUGCUUUUCCUUUCAGUCAUUAUUUGAUGGGCCAUUAGGAGGAUCGUUUGUCUUCCGGGGUUGUUGGGUCUGUCUGGUAACUUGCAUGGCGGGCGCCGGGAUGGGCUUCGAUGUCCAAGAGAUGGGGGGAUUCUAGCUGGUGUCAUAUAAUUAGUGCGACGCUUUGGAGGUCCUGUCCCUAAGAUCAUCAUCCCUUUCCAGAGGGAUGAUGCAUGUUACAGUGAUAAUUUUGUAGUAAUGGUUGUAGCAAGCUCUCGUUUGAAAACAGAGUACGGGUUUGAAAGAGUAGACAG